AUGAACUCAUCUCACCGUGCUCUACGCAACGGUACAACCGGAAUUCCCAAAGUCCUUCCGAAUAAGAAAAUGACUAAAAUACCCCUAUCCCACGGUUUCAUAUCCUAUACUAACCCAAUAACCUUGCAAACAGAUGUUGUUAAGAUAUGGGAUGAAGUGUUGGACAAUGAGGCAACUCCGAUUGAGUAUGCCGAGAAGCUUGAUAACCUGCAUACAAAGUACUGCCCCAAGCGAUGA